CAUGCCCAUUACCAUUGUCGGGGCAAUCCUUCAAAACUUUAUCUUCGGAGAGGGAUUCUGCCGUAUACUCCCCUACAUACAAGUGGUCGCUGUUUUUGUUUCGGUGUGGACUAUGGUAUCGCUAUCCAUGGAAAGAUACUUCGCAAUAUGUCGACCUCUCACCUCCCGCGGUUGGCAGACAAAAGCCCACGCCUACAAGUUAAUAGGCGCUGUCUGGUUGACGGGAUUUAUUCUCUUUAUACCGACAGUCGUCUUCACGAAACUAACACCACUGAGCAAACCGCAUACGUACAAAUGCAGAGACGAGUGGCCUGACCCCAGGGCAUAUAAAGCCUACACUACAUGUUUGUUUUCUAUUUUAAUGGUGAUACCACUUCUUGUGAUGGUAGUCGCGUACAGCCUCAUCAUCGUCGAGCUAUGGAGAGGUAUGCAGAAUGAACAUAGCCCAACAGAUAAAAACAACUCCCGUGGCAAGUCUAACGGCGACAGCUCCUCUUCAAAAAACCGAACGCACAGCCAUCCACGAAGCACAUCUAGCAACGUUGCUAAGAGACGAGUUGUGAAAAUGCUGAUUGUGAUCGUAUUACUGUUCUUCGUAUGUUGGAUGCCCUCAUGGUGCCUCAACAUGUGGUAUUUCUAUGACAGCGAGAGCGCCCUCACAUCGGUAUCAGCCUUGGAUGCCGCCGUUGUCAAGCUGCUGACCUACAUUUCUAGUUGCGUGAACCCGAUCACCUACUGCUUCAUGAACAAGAAGUUCCGUCAGGGUUUCUUAGAAGCUUUUGGAUGCUGCGGAAAGACGACAGAGGCCGCCGGGGUCGGAACUUACAGCGCAGUGGGAAGCACCCGACUGAGAUCCACAGUGCGGAACUUUCCCAACGUAAACCUACGCCACGCCGCCAAAAGCACACCUGUACAUCUGUAAUAUGUAGCCUGUAUCCAUCUUCCCUGGCUCACAUGCCGCUACGUGCUUAUUACCUCUGUCGCUGUUGUCAAGGCAAUCUGUUUUACAUCUUCAUAAUGUCGACAUGGCGACGCCUGUGACGUCACCGCAACGAACAUCUAUCGACCAAUCAGUCCAU